CGAGUAACCCUUUCCCCACCCCAAGGCCCAAGCAAGUUUCCCUCCGACCAGAAAUCUCUCCGGCGCCGCCGCCGCCAUGCUCCGCCUCCGAAGUUGCAUCCUCUCCCGCAUCGUCUCUUCUCCCGCCACGUCUCUCCACCGCCUCCUCUCCGUCGCCGCGCCCGCUAUUCCCCCAAGCCCCAGCUUCGCCGUCGAGGACUACCCGGUCGAAACCUGCGGCCUCACCCGACCCCAAGCCCUCAAGGCCUCCACGAAGCUCUCCCACCUCAAGUCCCCAGCCAAUCCCGAUGCCGUCCUCGCCUUCUUCGCCGGUCUCGGCCUCUCCAGAGCCGACGUCGUCGCCGCCGUCUUCAAUGACCCGAGGUUGCUCUGCGCCUCUGUGAAGAGAACCCUGGGGCCUAACGUCGCUGGACUCACCGGCCUCGGUCUGUCGAAUUCUGAGAUCGCCCGCCUGGCGUCUUUGUCCUAUGGCAGAUUUCGCUGUAGAUCCAUCGUCCCCAAGCUGCAGUACUAUCUGCCCCUCUUGGGCUCCUGCAAGAAGAUCCUCCGGUUGCUCGAGCACAGGUCCUACAUUCUGAAGGUCAGCUUGGAGAGGGUGGUCAAGCCCAAUGUAGCGUUCCUGCGGGAGUGUGGGCUAGGUAGUUGUGAUAUUGCCAAGCUGUGUACCGUUAUUCCGACGAUGCUCACCUCCAACCCGGAGCGUGUCCGGGUGAAGGUGGCGUGUGCUGAAGGUGUACAUGUGCCCCGUGGCUCUGGGAUGUUCAGGCAAGCACUUAUGGCUGUCACAUACCUCAGCAAGGAAACAAUCACCGCCAGAGUGGAGAACCUGGUGAAAACAUUCAGAUGGUCAGAUGGUGAGGUCGGUAUUGCUUUGUCUAAGGCUCUGUCGUUGCUUGCGCGUUCCAAAGACAUGCUGCUGCGCAGAUCAGAGUUCCUGAUAUCCAAUGUGGGGUUGGAACCGUCAUACAUUGCUCAUCGGCCAGUAAUGCUCACUUACAGCCUGGAGGGUCGGCUCAGACCCCGGUACUAUGUUUUAAAGUUUCUGAAGGCAAAUGGAUUAAUAGAUCGCGAUAGGGACUACUAUCAUACAGUCGUGGUCACCGAGAAAGUAUUCACGGAGAAGUUCCUACGCCCUCACAAGGAAGCUGUGCCACACCUUGCUGAAGACUAUGCGGCCGCUUGCAGAGGGGAAGUGCCAACUAACUUCAGAUUUACAUGAACCAAGAAUGGGCUAUGAAAAUUGGUAACCACGAUGGCACAAAAGAAUUUUCACUUUGCCUUGUAAGCCGGUAAUUCUUGUUUCAGUGUUCUUUGCCAAAUUGGAUGUUGGUGUUCUGCUAUAGUAGGAACGCACAGAGAGUUAGAGGAAGGGUCUACAACAUGCUCUCUGGCCCUGGCAGCAAUGCACAAGGCAGCAAUACAGAGGAAUGUGCUCAAACAAGUGUUCUAGUUGAGGAUGGGGGGGAGACUGGGAGAGCAAUACCCAACAAUCUGCAGUUCAUAAUUAAGAGAAGUGUGGAUGUGUGAAGAUUCUUCUUUUGCACGACCUGGAAUGGUGGUUGUGUGAGUGUUUGAUGUCCGUUGGUUAUGUUACAAAGUCUGCACUUUUUAGGCUUUUGUUUGGCCUAAAACUCUGCUGUAAUGAUCCACUUGAAUGAGAAACCUGAUGCUUUUGUUAUGUUAUGAAACUCAUGCUUCAGUUCAUGUCAGUUUUUGUGUCGCUGAA